AGAAUGCUGUCAAUUGUCAUGGUUACCACUUGCAAACACAAAACCGACACUCUCUCUUUGAUUCUUCUACGAAAUAUAAAUAAAUUGUAUUUUAAAAACGAUGGAUUGGGCUACAGAUUUAGAAAUUACAUCGAAGAAGCUUAUUCCAAGACUGGGCAGAAGAGCAGGCCAAAAUAUUAUGCAGGAAGAUUCAAAAUCAGAUGAGGAUUUGUUAAACAGCCCUACGUCAUUAUCCUCGGGACGUUCAACGCAGCCACCUGUGGCGCCACCUCGUGCCAGGAAAACUGGUUGGGGUGACGAUUUAAAAAGUGGCAAAACAAAGGCUUCUUCUAACAUAAUUGAACAAUUAUUCCUUAGGGAUCGAUUUCGAUCAACUGGAAAAGAAAAUCAACAAGAUGAUAUUCCUGUGAUACCGGAUUUGGACGAAAUUCAAGAGGACAAUGUUCUUUCAGAUCUUUCCAAUGCACCUGUAAUCGACACGAACAGAGUCACGGCUUACAAAGAAUUAGAUACGGAUUUAAUUAAAAACGAAGCAUUUACAUCGUUGGAUGGGAUAAGUCUUUUCCCUCUAACAGAAAAAUUGUAUAAUGAAAAUAUGGUGAAGGAACCCGACGAAGCUUGGAAUUGGAAUCUUUUGUUCACGCAAGUCGCAUCGGAGAUUAAUAACGAGGUCCAGAAAAAAUUGAAUGCUUAAAUAAUAACAGAUAUGCCAGCAUAAUUCUAUAAAUUAUUUUUCAUACAUGAAAAUAUAUAUAAUAAAAAUUAUUUCUUAUUA